AUGGGUUCUUUGGAACGUGCUGGUGAUGCUACAUCUGAAGCGGAAUCUGGUGAUGAUGAAAGAAUUGUUGGCGAGGAAUUGGCAGCACAUUUGAUUAAAAGUGGCAUUACUCGCAAUGAAAUGCUAGCGGCUCUCACCAACCGGAUCCACGCUGAAGCGAUGGCAUCACUUCCACCCAACGUGCGUCGGAGAAUCCGCGCUCUGAGGUCUCUACAGAAAGAGUUUGUGGAUAUUGAGGCCAAGUUCUACUCUGAAGUGCAUGCAUUAGAGUGCAAAUACGAGAAACUGUACAAGCCACUGUUUGAAAAGCGAGCUCAAAUUGUAAAUGGUGCAUAUGAACCAACAGACAAUGAAUGUCUAAAUCCCUGGCGGGACGAUACAGAGGAGGAGGAACUAGCCCGAGCUGUACAAAAUGCUGCUAUCACUGAAGGAGAUAAAAAGGAGGAAGAAAACAAGCUUGCUGAGCCACCCAUGGACCCAAAUGUCAAGGGAAUCCCCGACUUCUGGUACAAUAUAUUCAAGAAUGUUUCAAUGCUGUGUGAAAUGAUGCAAGAACAUGAUGAACCUAUUAUUAAAUGUUUGCAAGAUAUCAAAGUGCAAAUGCAUGAAGAUCCCAUUGGCUUCACACUGGAGUUCCACUUUGCCCCCAAUGACUAUUUCACUAACACAAUCCUCACCAAGGAGUACUCCAUGAAGUGUAAACCUGAUGAGGAGAACCCCUUGGAGUUUGAAGGCCCAGAGAUCUAUUCGUGCAAGGGCUGCGAGAUCAACUGGAAGAAGGGUAAGAACGUGACGGUAAAGACGAUAAAGAAGAAACAGAAGCACAAGUCUCGCGGGUCCGUGCGCACCGUCACCAAGUCUGUGCAAGCGGAUUCCUUCUUCAACUUCUUUGCGCCACCUCUCAUGCCUGACGACACCAACUCCACCCUCGCUUCUGAUACUCAGGCGCUGCUAACGGCCGACUUCGAGGUGGGCCACUACAUCCGCGAGCGUGUGGUGUCGCGUGCCGUGCUGCUCUACACCGGCGAGGGGCUCGACGAGGACGACGACGACGACUACGAGGAGGAGGAGGAUGAGGAGUGUUCGACGGAAGAGAGCGAUGAUGAGGAACCCGCCCCGCGCCGACGCGGCAAGAAGCAGAUCAAGCCGCACGAGAACCCUGCAGAGUGCAAGCAACAG